AUGGAGGGUUCAACAUCGUAUGCAUCAUCUGACAGUGAUAUAACAAAUACUUCACGGGAAUCGGAAACCAUCAACGAAAUAUGCAAUACAAGAACACCAGCUUCAGGUAGUAAUACCUCAUCCUUUGUGAACGAGGCUCCAAGUCCUUUAGGACAUUUGGACCCACACAGAUUGAGGGAUAUGGUGGUAGAUAAGCAAACAAUGUGUUUAGCUCAAAUUGAAUCGCCUUAUAAGCAUCCUUACUGGACACCUUCACCAGCUGGACCUUCGCAAUCACCGUCAAAUAUACAUGCAGUCAAUUCCUGUUCUCCAGUGACACAGAUCAGGCCUCCUUCUAGAUUACCAGCUUUGUUAUCACCGAAUACUCCACACACUCUCGUGCAACAGCAGCCGAUGGGGAUGUGUCUGUCAGCUCGCAGUCCAAUGGGAAGCCCGAGCAGUAUGCAUCCGCCACCAUCACCAUUUAUAAGUAGGACAUCUAAUACCUCUCCUUCUUACAUGCAGCCACCUCAAACUCCAUUACAUUAUCAACCAAAUUUGCAUAGUUCAGCAUCAGGAAAUGUAGUACCACCAGCUGGUCACGUAGUUCCUCCCUCACCUUCUUCGCCAUAUUCUCAACGAAUGACAACAAUGGGCCCACCUCAACAACAGUAUUCUUGUCAUACUCAAAUGCCACAGCCUCAGUGGUCCACAGGUCAACAAACUCAGCAUUUUGGUUCAGGACCAGUACACCGAGUAAUGAUGCACCGAGUCCCUUAUCCAAGUAAGUUAUUCAAUUCAUUUAUCAGAUUCUAUCCAGUCCUAAUAAUUCACUAA